CAAUCAAUCUGUCGAACAUAGCAUUAGUACCUACUGUUUUGUUGAUUUUUGUAAUUAUUGUACUUAAUAUCGUCAGUGUUGAUAAGUGUUAUAAAACAGAACAAAAUCAUUUCUCUGUUCAAUAAGACGUACUAAGUUAAAGACAUAAAAAUGAAAACUAUUUUAAUUGUAGUUUUUGCUAGUUAUAUAAAACUUUCAGAAACUUCUGAAUUAAUUAAAAAAGCUGUAUCUGUUGCAAAUAGCGCUUUCAACAAGUAUCAUUUGACUUCAAUAGUUUGGGAGCGUUGUGAUGGUAAAGAAAUAACAGAUUUCUUGGAACUUUAUGAAGGAACUGUUGUUACGAUUGCAAUGAAUAAGGAUGUUGGUUUCAAUUAUACAGAUUUUCAUACGAACGUUCUGUAUAAACAGACAGUUUUCUUUGCCGUAGAGCCAGAUGAGUUUGAAUAUUUUCUAAAAAUGAUAAAUCAUGUAAUCGUAGUUCCUAUUAAAGUAAUCUUGGUGAUUGCGAAUCGUGAGCUAUCAACUAUUUCUACGAUUUCUACUGAAUUCACUAAAACAGCUUGGGAUAAUGAUGUUGGUGAUAUCGUAAUUGUGGGUUAUGAUGCUGACGAUACUGUGUCACUAAAGACAUACUUUCCCUAUGAGAAUGGUAUUUGUAACAACUAUAUUCCUGUAAGUUUACGGCCCAAUACAACGAAGUAUUUUAUGGAAAAGUUUCGAAAUUUCAAUGGCUGCCCUAUCAGAGUAACACUUCUGGAGAACAUUCCCUAUGUGAAAUUGAAAAAAGAAAAUGAUACUGUUACAGCUGUUGGUGGUAUUGAUGGCAAUCUACUGAAAUUAAUAAUAGAAAAGGUAAAUUCUACAAUGGAGAUAGUGUCAUCUGUCGAUUAUGGCGUGGUUAGUACUUGCUUAAACGGUACAAGAGUUGGUUCUUUUAACAACUUGGUGUAUAACAAAGCCGAUAUUAUGGCACCCUCAAUUAUUAUAGUUUCAAUGAGAUACGUUAGAUCCCAGAUAUCUUACGUUUACUACACUGUGAAAGUUGUGUGGUGCAUACCUAAACGCCGAGAAAUAUAUGAGUGGGUAAAAGCUAUAAUGCCUUUCUUAAACAUGUCUACGCCUAUAAUUAUUUUAGCAAUCCUUAUUAUCAACGUAAUAAUGAGAGUAGUUAAAAAAAUUGGAAAACUAAAAGAGAAGUCUAAUAAAGGAAAUUUGUUUCAAAUGAUUGGAAUAUUUCUUGGUCAACAAGUUCACAUCAACUCUAAAUAUAGGAUAAUUAAUAGCUUAUUAAUUUUUUGGAUUUGGUUUUGUCUAGUCGUUCGCAUAUCAUACCAAGGUAAACUUAUAGAUGGACUACGGAAAACGAUCUUAGAGCCACCCAUUGAAACACUGGCUGAAGCUAUGAAAGUUUUUGAUGAACUUGGUGGAAUGCCGACGUUCAUUGAAUUGUAUAGGAAUACAUCUAUUGAAAAUAAAUACAACUCUAUAAAAUUGAGCGAAAUUCCGCAUUAUUUGAAGGAAAUGGCAGCUGGGAGGAAAUUUUUACUGGCAGUAGACACAACGCAGUUACUGUAUUAUAGAAGAGACCUUCAUAUAUUAGAGGAACGUGUAACAAGUGUGCCGGCAUGUAUUCACAUGCGAGCUCGAUGGCCCGCUGCGCCCGAAGUUAAUCGCCUCGUCGGUCGGUCGGUAGAGUCAGGAUUAGUCCUCAAAAUAUGGAUGGACAUAAGAAACGAAUGGUUACUGCACAGGAAGGUAAAUGACACUAAUACGUUCGAACCAUUGGGCUUAAAGACACUAAGUUCAUGUUUCUACGGCCUCUUCAUCAUGUAUUGCAUAAGUUUUUUUGUGUUUUCUCUAGAGAUCAUUUUGAAUCGAUACAAGAGACCGAAAAAAUGUAAAAGAGUGAUAAAAAUUAAGAAGAGAAACAAGAUAUUUUUUUGGCAGUAGUACUAAGUCCCGUAUAUAGUUUG